AUGACACACUUAUGGGCUGCUGAUGUAGAUGAUAACGAUGAUGAUGCUGAAAGUGCUAACCUUGGUGAUGCUGGAGAUGAUGAAGAUGAUAAUAAUAAUGAUGAUGAUGGCGACAACUCUGAUGAGAAGAGUUAUGGAUGGGUUGGGGGAAGAUGUUUCUUGGGAAGAGUGGCGGAAGGGGAGGCGUACGUAUUCUUCGUGCACGUGUACAAGGAGGAGGUCUACUGCCUCAGUGACAACACCCUCCUGGCCAACGAUAAACUUCUGCGAGAUCUGAGCGAAGUUAACCACACCACUAUGCUAUAUCCUAUCGGAGUGCACGAGCAGAUGAACCUACAGCACAGAUGUCCUAAGAUGGUGGUGCCCUUGCCAGAGCGCUACAGAGAAGAAAAUGAAGAAACAUUUAACAGCGUUGAACAGUCCCGCCCUCAUGAGAAAAGAUCGUCAGGUAAAAACACGCAAACCCAAGUUCCAGCUAUCAUCCUAGUGCUUUUUUUAUCGGUCAUAUUCUUCUAUUUGUGACUUGUAAAUGUCGAAACUGAAUAAUGCAAUUUGUAUAUAUGUAAUGUAUGAUAACAAACGUUUUUACUUUACUCUGUUUAACGUUGCCCAUUAAAAAACAGUUAAUUAGUAGUUAAAAAAUUAUCAUAUUUCCUUUUAUAAUUUUUUAAUUUUGUACCCUGUUUUCACAAUUUAUUAUUAUAAAUUAUUUAAACCUCGUAAAUAUUUUUUUCAAUGUGUAUUAAUGCUAUCUUAACAUGUGCGAAGCGAUUGUUAGCACGCAAACAGGUAACGAAAAAUAAGAACUAUGUGUAAAUAUAGCACGCACACACACACACACACAUUAUAUAUGUAUAUUUGUAUAAUGUAUUAUGUUAAGUUGUAAUGAAUUUAUCGUGAUAAAAUUGCAGUGUGUUAUUUGUCUUUUCGAAUUGUUUGCGCUUCUUAAUUUUCAAUAUUCCCCAUCUUUCUUAUCUCGUCACGUUGUUAUAGUUCAUGUUCCAUGUAUGUAUAUCACAUUCUGACAUUAGUUAAAGCAAAUCAAAUGACAUAAAAAAAAUUAUUACCACAAAGUUGUCAGUUGUUAUUUGUUACCUAUCAUUAUCAUCUACAAAUUAGUUAAUAAAAAAAGUUAUAAGAAAUGUGU